AUGGCUCUCUUCCGGAAAUUCAACGAGAAGAUCCCACGGAGAGGAAUCCUGGGAGCAAUGAUGUUCCUGGCUUGCAUGUUCUCAUAUGUUAUUCGCACCAAUCUAUCCAUCACUAUCGUCGCCAUGGUAAACGCUACUAGCAAAGACGGCGGCGUUGGUCCAGCAUGCAGUGUGGCGGACAUCAAGAGCAAUAAGACUGUUGUGAUCAAAGAUUUUGGCGAGCGUUACGAAUGGAAUCAGCAUAUCCAAGGGUUGUUAUUAUCGGGAUAUUUUUACGGUGUCCUGCCGGCUAGUGUCCCAGCUGGACUUUUGGCCGAGAAAUAUGGAGGCUCCAAAGUAGUGGCAUUCGCCACAUUAAUACCUGCGGUAUUAAAUCUUUUGAUGCCAUGGGCAGCUGGAGUACACUACGGUUUCGUUUUUGCACUUCGCUUCGUAAUGGGAUUUUUCGGAGGUGCCGUUUAUCCCGCUCUUCACGCAAUGAUCGCCAGAUGGGUGCCUCCUGGUGAAAAGGGCAUGUUUGUGUGGACCAUGCAAGGUGGUCCGUUUGGAACCGUUGUGACUUUCGCUUUAUGCGGUGCGGUUAUCAGCGCCUACGGAUGGAAGGCUGCGUUCUACGUUACGAGUGGACUCAUGUUGGUCUUUUACGCCAUGUGGGUAUUCCUGAUAUACGACACACCGGAAUUGCACCCCGGAAUCACGGAAAAGGAAAAAGCAUACAUCAAAGAGCAAAUAGGCACUACCGUCUCGAAGCAAAAGGUCCAACUACCAAUAAAAUCGGUUGCCACAUCUCCGCCGUUCCUGGUGCUGCUAUGGGCUCACUUUGCAAACAUGUGGGGCAUAUAUUUCAUCUCUACAAACGGACCCAAGUACACGUUGGAGGUUCUUGGCUUCAACAUGAAAUCGGGUGGCGCGAUAACCGGGUUACCUUACAUAGCUAGACUGGGCGCUGGAGUGUUGUUCGCAGCGGCGGGCGAUUACGUACGAAGGAGGAACUUCUUAUCGUUGGGCUGGAUAAGAAAGUUGUUUAUGAUUUUCUCCCACAUGGGACCUGCACUGUGUCUGAUAGUGAUGACGUACGUGGGUUGCGAUGCCACGACUGCGAUAAUAAUGUUAAUAUUGGCGCUGGCCUUCAAUGGAGCCGCGUGCCAGACCAGCUUGCAGAAUCAUCAGGACUUGGCACCGAACUACGCUGGUUCUUUGUACGGAAUUAUGAAUACCUUCGGCAGCUUUCCCGGAUUCAUCAUUCCAGCUAUUAUCGGCGCACUGACCAAUGAAAGGAACGGCGUUGAGGAAUGGCGCAUAAUGUUCUGGAUAUCAUCGAUAGUAUUUACGUCGGCAACAGUACUGUUCUGGCUGUUCGGCUCGGGCGACAUCCAACCGUGGAACGAUACGACUCACGUUAAGGUGCCCACCAUCGACGAGGAGGAGAAGCGGAUAAACGAGACGACGACGAAGGACACGGUCGACACGGAGGCCGAAGAAAACGAGCGCCUCUAGUGACGUGGAAACUGAAAUGGGGCAAAAAUCCGGGUAUCCAUGUCUGUACAAAAAUUAAUAGUCCGUUGUCGGGAAGAGAAUGCAUAGAAAAUUGUUGCGAAUCUUGAUCUCGCCGUCAUACACGAUACGAUUACGACCAAUAUCUGUACAGCUUUUAAUCGUUGAUAGAUACGGAGAUAAUAAUUGUCACACAUUACACACAUACACAUACACUGAAAGCUCGGAACGAGAGAAUCGGAGCGACGUACGGAAUAUCCGGGUGUGGAAUAUUCAAUUGUGUUGCAGUACAUUUGUAGGACGUUCGUGCUCUAGUUAGAGAUACACGUUGCUAGAAUAUCACGACGGAUCUUUCAUGCCAGUCCCACUCUCAUUUUCCCUAGGCUCGGAGACUAUUUUUCACGCACUUUUUUUACCGUUACCGCAUAAGACUGUACGGCAUCUCGGGGGAGGAUAAAAUGUUGUAGAUUUUAUACGUUAUUUCUCGUGAUUUACGCGCGUCCGAAUACUUAAUAAUUACUAUUUGUAUAUCGCGCUUCGGUAAUUCAUACGAUUGCUCUCGACCGUGUCAUCAAAUUCUGAAUGAGGGGCUAAUAAACGUGGUAUUCAAACAAUGCGAUGUAUCGAAACGUAAGAAUACUCUGUAGUGCAUUUUUUCAUUUCGUGCCAAAGUUAUAUAUGUUAAUUCUCUCGUUAAAAGGCUCGACGGAAGACUGUCGAUGCGCGUGACGCUAGGUCGAGGAACCUUGGCACUGUCUCUCUAGGCUAAAUAAAUAGCUGAGGUUAAUAUUAUUAUAAUAUAUACGUUACGUUAGGUAAGUUGAAUCGUAGAUUCCGUAUUUCUAUUUCUCGUAAAACGCGCGAUUGAGCUUUCUUUGCGGGGAGUUACUUCGUAACUGCGACAAAUAUUCGCGGUAGUUUCCGCACACCUGUUCGAAUGCGAUCGACGACCUCGGCUCUUUCUCUCUCGGCAGCUGCAGCGUUCACGUAGCAUUUCAGAGGACACUUCGAGCGUAAACUUAAUCGCGCGUUACGCAAUCUCGCUUUACGCGAUACUGAUUUGGAUUGAUCGCGUGCAGUGAGGAAUUCUCGACUAAUCUUCCCACCUUGUGCGAGCACUUUUGGAUCACGAAGGCGACGAAAAAUAUCAAGAAUCGCAGAGACGUAUCUUAGUACAUUGUGAAAAGUGUCUCGUAUAUCUAGCGAAAAAUGUCUCGUAUAUUUAGAGAUUGUGCGUUAGUACAACACGUUCACACGUUGACAUGUUUAUUGUAGAAAAAUAAGAUAGUAAACAUGUUGUUCCUACAUUUGGAGAAGACGCAGUGUUUGCAGUGUUCCGUCAAUAAUAUUGUUACUACGCAAAUAUUGGUUCAGCAAUAAACAUCCGUAGCACGUGUUAAUAAUUAUUGUAAAGAGUAGCUACGCAAGAGUAGCUCGCUGUUUCGAAGCGAGCGAAAUCGUAAUACACGUGUAUACGCGUCACGAUGUUAUCGAUUGCUCAGUUGUACCGAGCCGUGCGAUAUUUAUAAAUACACACAAAAAUUACUGUAUUUUUUAAUAUUUGUUUCGUAUAGUUUCGUGUAAUUAGAUUAUGGUAUUCGUCGUAUGGAUUUCGCACAGUGCAGAUUGUAUUAGAAUAUUAGAUUAAUGUAUAUGACGAACAAUUGAACACAUUUUAUGCGUCAAUAAUUACAAUAAUUAAUAAUAAUUUAUGCGAUAAUUUGAAUAAUAAACUCACGUAUUACG